CAAAAGGCCAAAGCCGGCCUAGGGCGGGCACCAACCCUACUUAUCUUUCCUUCCACGCUCUCUCUCUCUGCUGAUCCGAUCAGACCAACACAACAACACAAUGGUCGGAAUGAGAAGAGAUCGAGUCGGCGGCGAGUUCCUGGAGUCGAUCUACUCAGUCCUUGUGCUCGCCCUUGUCCUCCUGGCCUGCGUCGAGCUCGGCGACGCCGCCACCGCCGUCGACGUCUACCGCCUGAUCCAGUACGACAUCGCCGGAGUCCCAUUUGGAUCUCGCCUCGCCGGUCUCAACCACCACGCCGGCUCUUCCUUCUCUACAACCAACGCUGAUCUCUCUCGUACCGCUCUAAUACUUCCUGUGCGCGAACUCAACCUCACGCUUCUCAAUGAGUUUAUUACUAGGAAACAACCACUGGGUGGAUUGUUGCUUUUGCUUCCUCAAAGAACUGGCUCCAGUGAAUCUGGCGGGAGAAUAACAAGUGACAAAGUAAAUGGUGAUAGUCUAACGAGAAGCAUUUUGUUUGAGUUGGAAAAAUUGCUCAUACAUUCAUAUAUUCCUUAUCCAGUCUAUUUUGCAUUUGAGAAUGAUAAACUUAAUUCCAUAUUAGCUGACAUUCGGAGGAGUGAUGCUACGGGUCAGCCCGCUUCUGCAACAAGUGGCGGAUACAAGCUGGUUGUAUCAUCGUGGGAGCCUAAGAAAGUUUCAUCACCUACCAUCACAAAUAUUCAGGGAUGGUUGCCUGGGCUAAAAGAGGAUGAUUCUGCCAAUCAAUUACCUACAAUUGCUAUAAUUGCAUCCUAUGAUACUUUUGGUUCAGCCCCGGCACUCUCAGUCGGGAGUGACAGCAAUGGGAGUGGAGUUGUGGCACUUUUGGAAAUCGCACGUCUUUUUUCACGUCUUUAUUCCAAUCCAAAGACGAGAGGGAGAUAUAAUUUACUUUUUGGCCUGACUUCUGGUGGACCUUAUAAUUACAAUGGUACUCUUAAGUGGCUAAGAAGUUUUGAUCAGCGUGUAAGAGAGAGCAUUGACUAUGCCAUUUGUUUGAAUAGCAUCGGCUCUUGGGACAAUGAGUUGUGGGUUCAUGUAUCAAAGCCACCAGAAAAUGCCUAUAUAAAACAAGUGUUUGAUGGUCUUUCAGAAGUUGCUCAAGAUAUGGGAGUCAAAAUUGGCAUAAAACAUAAAAAAAUUAAUAUCUCAAAUCCUCGUAAGGCGAAGCCAACGACAUCUCUCGGACCGAGCGGGGAGAGCAAUGUCAGCGAGGGAAGCAUCGGGAAGAGGAGAAAUGCCAUUUCAGUGUAUCAGGGAACAAGUUUCCCAGAGUCAAACUACCGAGAGAAGAAAACCCACGGCUCAAGAAACUGGCGCGGCUUCGGGAAGGAAGGCCGCGGGCAGAAGAAGUCAGGGAAGGACGGGCGAAGGUCAACUCUUCCCUCGCGUGGAGGAGAAAGAGCUCGCUCGGCUCGAGACCAAGAAAAUGAAAGAGCCAGACACGCGAACGGGAGAAGGAAGGGAGACAGAGCUCGCACGCAGGGAAUGCCAAGGGUUAAAGAGGAAAGGGGGGAAGGGUAA